UCCUCAAAGAUGCCGCCACCACUCUAACCCAACCCCACCACCGCCACCGCACCCUCGCCGCCCCAUUCCACCACCGCCAUGGCCUCCCACCUCCGCCUCCACCUCGCCGCGCCACCGCCCCCUGCCCUCCUCCACCACCGCCUCCGCCUCCCGCGCCCGCCGCCCAGGUUGCCCCUCCCCACCCUCCAAUCCCCGAGGUCCUCCUCCUCCUGCCUGCGCCCCCGCGACCUCUCCCCCGCCCCGGCCCGCGCGAGGGUCGGCGGCGCCGAGGCCGAGGCGGAGGCGGAGGGAUCGGACGGCGACGGCGAGGGGGGCGCGGGGCUCGUGGGCGAGGACUCGGCCGUGUUCCGGCUGGCCGACCAGCGGGUGGCGUCGUGGGCAUACUUCGCGGGGAUACUCUCCGUGGUGCUCUACGGCCUCAACGCGCUCUGGAUCGACCCCGCCACCGGCGUCGGCACCCGGUUCCUCGACGCCGUCGCCGCCGUCUCCGACAGCCCCGAGGUCGUUUUGUUGCUCCUUACCCUCAUCUUUGCUUUAGUCCAUAGUGGCAUGGCAAGCUUACGUGAAACUGGUGAGAAAAUAAUAGGCGAGCGAGCUUACCGCGUGCUGUUUGCUGGAAUAUCACUACCUCUGGCAGUUAGCACUAUUGUCUACUUCAUAAAUCAUCGUUACGGUGGUAUUCAGCUGUGGGAUGUUAAAGGCGUCUCAGGCGUCCAUGAGCUUGUUUGGCUGUCGAAUUUCAUCUCAUUCUUGUUUUUGUAUCCAUCCACUUUCAAUCUUUUAGAAGUGGCAGCUGUGGACAAGCCAAAACUGCACAUGUGGGAAACUGGAGUAAUGCGCAUCACCCGACAUCCACAGUUUGUUGGGCAGGUGAUCUGGUGCCUAGCUCACACGCUGUGGAUCGGCAACUCGGUCGCGGUCGCGGCAUCCGUCGGAUUGAUCGGCCACCACGCAUUCGGCGUGUGGAACGGCGACAGGAGGCUGGCGUCGCGCUACGGCGAGGCCUUUGAUGUCCUAAAGAAGAGGACCAGCGUGGUGCCGUUCGCCGCGAUCGUUGACGGGCGGCAGAAGCUACCUGAUGAUUACUACAAGGAGUUCAUCCGGCUGCCGUACGUCACGAUCGUGGCCUUGACCCUGGGCGCAUACUUUGCGCACCCGUUGAUGCAGGCGGCCAGCUACCGGCUUCCCUGGUAACUAAGCUAAACUAACGGCGAAUGCAGGUUGAUGAUGUAUGUGUGUAUGUAUGCCAUUUUGUAGUAGAGUAUUACAAAAACAAAGGAAAUGGUGGUGCAUUUGCAGUGUGUGUAGGGUGCCCCAUGAGCAGAUUGAUGAGCUUACUGGUAUGUUUGUUCAGGCAUUCAUUUGUAAGUAAAAGAGGACUACGCACCAAAAUUGUGAUGCAGAUGAAACAUCCCAUAAAUUGUGCAUGUAGAAGAUCAUAUGGACAGUGUUGGUUACAUUAUCAGCAGUCAUUUGGGCUAUUCGUCUUGAAGCACGACCAACAGCUCCCUACCAUCUCGCUAGGUCAAUUUCUUUUGCAAUGUAUGUCAAUGUCAUAUGUGAUUUUUGGGCAUGUACAUGUGAAGUCAAAUUCAUUUGCAAUGUAUGUCAAAGCCAUAUGUGAUUUAUUUUUUAA